AUGGAGUUCAUCGCAGCAGGCACAGCUUGGGCGCUGAACAGAGCGCCUUCACCCCAAAAGAUUCUCAGCCGACUCGGCCUCGCAUCUCUCGUUGUAACAAACACCUGGUCAGAAUUAUCUUCCAAGCUCUCACCCAACGCGUCGAUUGUGUUUCCAGACGACCCCGAGUUUAGUGGUCUCGUUAGUCGAUGGAGGGAUUGGCAUGCACCACAGGUGGGUGCAGUUGUGACAGCUUUCACCGAGAAUGAUGUGCAAGAAGCGGUUAUUUAUGCGAAUAGAAACGGUAUACCGUUUCUAGCUAGAUCCGGUGGCCAUGGCGCGACUGAAGCGUUGCAGCUGGCCAAAGAUGCCCUUGUAGUCGAUAUACGAGGCAUGAACGACAUCAAGGUUGCCCCAGAUGGUAAUUACGCAACCAUUAGCGGAGGUGCCAGUGUUAAGAAGGUUGUUAACGAGCUAUGGACCUCAAAGAAACAGACUGUUACCGGUAUCUGUGAAUGCGUUGGCAUCUCGGCACCCGUUCUUGGAGGAGGCCAUGGGUGGCUUCAAGGUCAAUAUGGUCUCGCAUCUGAUCAGGUCAUAUCUGCACGCGUUGUCCUUCCCAAUGGCGAGGCUGUGACAGCCUCCGAAGAGUCGAACCCAGAUCUCUUCUGGGCCUUGCGUGGAGCAGGACAUAACUUUGGCAUUGUUACGGAAUGGGAGUACCGCAUCUACGACGUUAAGAACCCGAACUGGUCUUACGAAAUCUUCAUCUUUUUGGGCGAUAAGCUUGAAGAGGUCCUUGAGUUGACAAACAAGAUGAUGAAAACGCAGCCACCGGAAAUAAUUCACUGGAUUCCAGUCAAUGAGGCUCGAGAAUAUGCCAAACCCCUCCACGAAAUGGGCCCUCUCAACGUCAACGCAGGCGCUGUGCCGAUGCCAGAGCUCGCUCACAUCACACUUAUGAGUGAAGAUACUGUCGGCUGCACAAAAGGCUUCACAGGUCUUCGAUACCCCAUAGGUCUCAAGAAGUACGAUCCACCAGCCGUCCGUCAAGUCUAUGACUCUAUUGCCGAGAUAUCUCAUCGCAUCCCUGAGUUGGCGGGGUCAUUCUUUCUACUCGAGGGGUACUCGACACACGGCGUGAAAGCAGUCGAUGCAAGCGAGUCUGCGUUUCCUCACCGUGAUGACGAGAUUCUUGUGACAUCAUACGUCUUGUACAAACCCAAUGCUACGCUGGACAGCUUGGCGCAAGAGCAUGGGGAGAAAUUGAGGGGCCUCCUACAGGAAGCUAGCGAUGAACCUGAACGAUUACGAGCAUACGUCAAUUAUGCGCAUGGGGUUGAAUCGCUGGAGAGCAUGUAUGGGUACGAACCAUGGAGGAUCAACAAGCUCAAAGCGCUAAAGAAGAAGUGGGAUCCUGAGAACCGGAUGAGAUUCUACGCACCAAUUGUUUGA